CCUAACUUGUUCAUUCAUCCUAUCUGAGCUUCGCCAAUUUCUUCGAUUCCACCUGUUCUCACGACUCUUCCUCGAUCGCCCUAGUAAUUCAUGGCGCGGUCGUCGUCUCCUCUCGUCAACAAGGCUUCGCCCACCGAGGCUUCGCCCACCGAGCAGCGCCGCCUGCUCCGUGCUCGCCGUUCUUCAAAGCGCGUCACCGCUUUGAGGCCGGAGGCGGUCCUUGAUGCCACCCUCCCUGGCACCGAGCAGCAGGAUGACCCCGGUGUCAUUGCUGCCGCCACGGCUCCGAAGCGGGAUGCUACUCUCUCAGACGAGACCCUGGCAGUUCACGCCGGGGAGAAGAUGGGGAAGAACGGCGCCAUGGACACAGACUCAAUCGCGACACCUAUCGUGAGCGGCACGACGCACUGGUUCAAGAGCUCGCACGACCUCAUCGCGUUCAAGGAAGGCCGGCGCCACAGCUUCGAGUACGGCCGCUACGGCAACCCCACUGUGAAGGUCCUGGAGGACAAGAUCAGCGCGCUGGAGAGGGCCGAGUCGACGCUUGUCACAUCCUCAGGCAUGAACGCCAUCGUCGCCACGCUGCUCGCGCUCGUACCGCCCGGCGCCGGCCACGUGGUGACCACGACCGAGUGCUACAGCGAGGCGCGCGCCUUCAUCGGCGACAAGCUCUCAAAGAUGGGCAUCAAGGUGACAUUCAUCGAGCUGAAUGACAUGGAGACGCUCAAGGACGUUCUUGACCAGGGCGACGUGACACUCUUCUACACUGACUGUCCGACAAACCCCCACCUCAAGUGCAUCGACAUUAAGCUCGUCGCGGAGCUGUGUCACCGCAAAGGGGCUCUGGUGUGCAUCGACAGCACCCUUGCCUCGCCCAUGAAUCAGAAGCCACUCACCAUCGGGGCCGAUAUCGUCGUGCACUCUGCCACAAAGUACAUUGCCGGCCAUCACGACGUCAUUGCAGGAUGCAUCAGCGGCUCGGAUGCGCUCAUCUCUAGGAUACGUGCGUGGAAUCACGACCUCGGCGGUGCCAUUAGUCCGGUAUGUAGUAUAUACUAAUUGUGGUGCAUAUGUUAACACUCAUUCUUAUUCAAGAAACUAGAAAGCUUGCCACUUGCAUUGGAACUGAAUUACUGCAGGACGCAGCCUACAUGAUCAUACGCGGCCUCAAGACGAUGGCACUUCGCGUGGAAACACAAAACCACACUACAUUGCGCAUGGCGCGCUUGCUCGAGAACCAUCCCAAGAUUGAGCGGGUGUACUACCCUAGACUCAUCAGCAGCCCAUGGCACCACAUCGCCAAGAGCCAAAUGACCGGUUGCGGUGGCGUCAUCAGCUUUGAGGUGGCAUCAGACCUGCAUGGCGUCAUGAGGUUCAUCGACGCAUUGGAGAUACCCUUCAUCGCAACCUCACUUGGCGGGUGUGAGAGCCUCGUGCUGCAGCCGGCAGUCAUG